CUUUGGCCGCUAUUUUUCCCUCAGCCCUUUUGAAUUGUUGGCUGACCCAUCGAAAUCAACCAGCGAAUUUCUAAACAACAAAGUUCCACCGAUUGGACUGUUUAGCAAUAUGACGAUGCAACGCUUGGUUGAAACGGCCCAAGGAACAUCUGCCGGGAUGACAGAAUCCAUGACUGAAAAUAGCGGAUUAGUCAACGCCAGAGCGCUUCGAAAUGGCAAAUCUAAAAAGAAGAAGAAGAAAUCUGUCAAUAAAUCCAAUCUCGGCUCACCACACCAUGAUGCGUCCGCCGCUGUAAACGAUGACGACGACGACCAUCCCAUAGAAUCUAUUCAUAGUCAAGACUUAUCUUCUCGGCAACAGUUUGACGACAUGCCCAACGCAACAUCGAACAAAAGGAAAAAGAAGAAGAAGAAGUCCAAAUCAUCUGCAAUGGAAUCUAUUGACAAUCAGGUCACUCAUUCCCAGCCUUCCGCCUUGCAUUCACAUAAUCUUACGUUGCCGUACAAAUCUGAUAACGAUUCUCGCACGAAGUUCUCCGGGGAUAAUAUAUGGUCCAGUAACAAUAAUAGCGAAGAGCGUCAGAGAAUACGAGAGUUCUGGUUACAAUUAGGCGAAGACGAGCGUCGAUCGCUGGUCAAGGUCGAAAAAGAAGCUGUGCUAAAAAAAAUGAAAGAACAACAGAAACAUAGUUGUAAUUGUUCAGUGUGUGGCAAAAAGAGAACCGCCAUAGAAGAAGAAUUGGAGAUUCUCUAUGAUGCUUACUAUGAAGAGUUGGAACAGUACGCAAAUCAUCAGCAAAGUAAUCAUGGUUACGGUAUCGCGCGUUCUCUCCAAGAUGGAUAUGCUAGCAUGCGAACAGAUGCCGCUUUAGUGGAUGCCUACGCAAACCAAAUUCUUGCAUCAAAGAAUCCAUUAGAUCACCAGGACGACUAUGAUGACGAAGACGAUGAAGAUGAAGACGAAGACGACGAAGACGAUGACGACGAAGAUGAUGACGACGACGAAUACGAUGGCGACUAUGAUGAUGAAGACCUUAGUAGCCGACAUGGUGAGCACAUGAUGGGCAAUGGUGACCACUUCAACUUUGGCAAUAGCCUCACCGUCAAAGGAGGCAUCCUCACCGUCGCCGAUGAUCUGUUGAAAAACGAUGGCAAAAAGUUUCUUGAUAUGAUGGAGCGACUUGCUGAGCGACGAAUGCAGCGAGAAGAAGAAGCUGGCUUGGAUCAGGAUGAAUACUACGACGAUGAUGAUGAAGACGACGAUGCAUAUGAAGAUGAAGUGGAUGAAGUGAGUGACGACGACGCAAAUGGACUCACCUUUAGACGCAUGAUGGGUGCUUUUUACUUACAUCAACUCCAUUAUAGGAUACCAUGACAGAAGAACAGCGAAUGGAAGAAGGACGGCGGAUGUUCCAAAUAUUUGCCGCACGGAUGUUUGAACAGCGCGUUCUUACAGCGUAUCGUGAAAAGAUUGCACAAGAGCGACAACAGCGCCUUUUGGAAGAGCUGGAAGAAGAAGAUCGACAAAA